AUGGCAAAAAAGACGUACGAUCUGUUGUUCAAAUUGCUUCUAAUCGGAGAUUCCGGCGUAGGCAAGACCUGUCUGUUGUUCCGAUUUUCGGAUGAUGCCUUUAAUACGACAUUUAUAUCCACAAUAGGGAUCGACUUUAAAAUUAAAACAGUAGAAUUAGGAGGAAAAAAGAUAAAAUUACAAAUAUGGGAUACAGCCGGGCAAGAGAGGUUUCAUACCAUCACUACCUCUUAUUACCGAGGUGCCAUGGGAAUUAUGCUAGUCUAUGAUAUAACAAACGGCAAAACAUUUGACAAUAUUUCCAAAUGGUUGAGGAACAUUGAUGAGCAUGCAAAUGAAGAUGUUGAAAAAAUGAUCUUGGGAAACAAAUGCGACAUGGAUGACAAGAGGCAGGUGUCGAAAGACCGUGGUGAUUCUAUUGCCCGUGAACAUUCAAUACCUUUCUUAGAGACCAGUGCCAAGGCCAACAUCAAUGUAGAGAGAGCCUUCAUGGAUUUAGCUCAAGCAAUUUUGAAUAAGACUCCCAGCAAAGACUCUGAACCAAGGGGCAUUGAUGUGCAUAAGCAGGAAGGUAGCAGUCGAAAGUGUUCCCCUUCUCCCCCCCACCCUUGUCUUGCUGCUCUUUCUGCCCUAGCCUGGCAACCAUAUUCCAUAGGAUGGCCACUCUUUGGUCAAUUGCAGCAGCAUCUCCCUACUGCCUGUCCCCUUACACCCUUCCCCUGGAUGGACUACUUAUUACUUGUACUUUUCAUUGGAUCAGCCCUUGCCGCUGUCGCCGCCGCUGCCCUCGCCCGCCUGCCCUCCUCGCCUCCGCCACAUCCGCAUGCUCGGGCUGCCGGCGACGGACAUAUUUGCUGUCAGUAA